GACUCGACUUCUAGUGGGGGUCAGAUACGCAGAGAUACGGCACGGGACACGUUUCCUCUUCUCCUGGAUAUCAUUUUUCUUAACUUUUGACAGUUUGAGUCUUUUUAACCAUUAGUUCUGUUUGCGAAUUUUUUCAUUAUUUGUUAUUUUUCACUGAAUAGUAAGUUACAAUAUUCAGAUUAUUAGUUGUUUUUUUUGUUAGCUUCACAGCAGAGCAAUCCUUCAUAGCUUGCUAACUAGCCACACGGGCUGAGCCUUGAGGCAGUGUGCAGUACCGUUUGAUGGAUCCGAGGAUUUCCUGGUAUCAGCCAGAACAGCUCGGACCUGCAAACAGCCUGUGGAUGCAGAUUUGGGAAACGACACAAGGUCUGGGAAAUCUUUACUUCAAUAAAAACUACAACACGGGCUCUAGUAAUUCAAGUCCUAAAUUGAACAGCAACGGGGUAACAGUCAACGUGAUCAUCCCCAUUGAUAACGGCGGUGCUAGUGCAGGGACCGGUGAGUCUACGAACCUGGUGAUGUCCAACUCAAAGGUCCUGAGUGAAAUAGCGGAGCAACAAGACUUUAUACCACUGGAAACAAAUAAUCGAAACAACCGAACAGCGGGUAGGGGUAGAGGAGGUGUGGUAGGUGGCGGUGGUAUCGUUAGUGUCUGGAGAGGGGGCUCAGACACCGGACAUUGCAACAAAAGGAAAAGAGAUAACAGGGCAAGCACUUUUGGCUUCAAUAGUAGCCGCCUUCUUAGCAGCCCCAAAGUUUACGAUGUCGGAGGCGGUGGAGGUUACACUGGCACGCCUUGGAAAUCAAAGAACUACUCCGAGGGGAUUUUGGGGCUGCACGAGGAGAUCAAAGAUUUCUAUGAGUACUUAUCCCCUCGACCGGAGGAGGAGAGGAUGCGGAUGGAAGUAGUGGACAGAAUCGAGCGCGUCAUCAAGGACCUGUGGCCGAGCGCUGAUGUCCAGGUUUUUGGGAGUUUUAGCACUGGACUCUAUUUACCAACAAGCGACAUUGAUCUGGUGGUGCUCGGGAAAUGGGACAACCUCCCACUGUGGACCUUGGAAGAGGCCCUGCGGAAAAGGAACGUGGCCGACGAGAACUCCGUGAAGGUGCUGGACAAGGCCACGGUGCCCAUCAUCAAACUGACAGACUUGCACACUGAGAUCAAGGUGGACAUCAGCUUCAAUGUGCAGAAUGGCGUGAAAGCAGCUCUGCUCAUUAAAGAGUUCAUAAAGAAGUACCCUGUGCUUCCCUAUUUGGUGCUGGUGCUGAAGCAGUUCUUGCUACAAAGGGACCUGAAUGAAGUGUUCACUGGAGGAAUUGGGUCCUACAGCCUCUUCCUCAUGGCCGUCAGCUUCCUCCAGCUGCAUUACAGGGACGAUGCCAGCAGCCCCAACACCAACAUCGGAGUCCUCUUGAUAGAGUUCUUUGAGCUCUAUGGAAGGCACUUUAACUACCUGAAGACGGGGAUCCGGAUAAAAGACGGGGGUUCCUACGUGGCCAAAGAUGAGGUGAAAAAAAACAUGCUGGACGGUUACCGUCCCUCUAUGUUGUACAUCGAGGACCCCCUUCAGCCAGACAACGAUGUUGGUCGCAGCUCAUACGGUGCCAUGCAGGUGAAGCAGGCCUUCGAUUACGCCUACGUGGUGCUCAGCCACGCCGUCUCCCCCAUCGCCAAACACUACCCUAACAACGAGAGCGAGAGCUUGCUGGGCCGAAUUGUCCGAGUGACGGAGGAAGUGGCGGAGUACAGAGACUGGAUUACCAAGCACUGGGGGCCCCGGUCUCAGAACGGCCUUUCCUUUAAUGAGAAUGAGGUGACGUUGCUCGUGGAACCAGAGCAGUCGGAUAAGUGCAAUAACAACCUCUCUAAGGAAGUGGUGGUGUUGCCGCCGGUUUCCCGUGGAAACUACUCCUCCGGCUCCUCCUCUCCACCCCUUUCCUCCCCCUCCUCUUUGUCCUUCUCAGCUUCCUCACCGUCCCCUUCGGCCUCCAGCUCUAGUGAUGCUGACUCUGAUGGGACCCCCUGCAAGACUCCGAAGCAGGUGGCUGGGCGGGGUUCCAGAGAGACAUCUGGGGGCGUGGCAGGACACAGAGCACAAAGCCACUGCCACAGUAGCCCCACUGUUAAUAUGAAGGGCAAGACUGGAAACAAGCAGUUUCAUCCCCCAAGCAAAGGCGCCCAGGCACAGCAGAACGCAUCCACCAGCAGCAAGGCCCACCAGAACAACAAACCACAUCACCAGGGAAACGGCAAGAGGAGGAAACCUCAGCGCGAGGCUGGACACGCGGACCUUUGCAGAUAGGGGGCGCCACCAGCUUCACAAGGCUGCCCACCUGUCCUAGAUCUGCUGGGGACCCUUUACAAUGGUGGUGGAUUUUAUAUUUUUUGUUAAAGGAUGACUUUUUUAUAACUGAAAAGAAACAAAGGGGUAAGUUCAUGGACUUGAAAUAGUAAAAUAAUGAAGGACCUUUCUUUUUUUGACACACACUGCCCUUCUUUGGACCUUCACCCUACCUCACCAAGCAGUCCUACGCCACCACACGGCACCCUCUGGUGUCUGGGAGGAGGAAGACCUGGGCUUUUUGGAUAACCUGAGGCUUAAUUGCUGGAGUUCAAAACUCCUACAAUCAACAACAGCAGGAGACAAGGAGGGGAAAAAAAUACAAAAAAUAAACAAAAAGUACUUUAUUAAAAAAAGGCAAAACGGCAACAAAAAAAUGUUAAAAACUGGGGUAUAUUAUGCAUGACAGUUUUAUUUUUAAUGGUGGAAGUUGUCUGUGUGUGUGUGUGUGUGUGUGUGUGUGUGCACACAUACAGAAAGGCAUUAAUUAUGCAACAAAUGUGACUCCAACUGGCAAUAAUUAGAGCAUGCCUUAAGGCAGAAAAAAGUGCCCAUAAUAAGUACACUUUAUUAGGCUUCUUGUGUGACCUCUCUAUCCGAAGCAUUUUGUUGUUUGUUGUAACUCUCCUGCUGGUGUAGGCAGACUCUGGUACACUAACCUGCUGGUGUAGGUAGACUCUGGUACACUCACCUGCUGGUGUAGGUAGACUCUGGUACACUCACAUGCUGAUGUAGGCAGACUCUACUGCACUCACAUGCUGGUGUGAUUCAAUGUUCAAUAUGUGAUUGCUAAAUUUCUGCUGGAAUACAUUUUGCCCAAACAUGCUCGUCAUGCUCUUCACUGGGCAUUCAUGCCAAUGGGCUCCAAUUCCUGGCUGUUCAUAUACCUGCCCCAGGAAUAUCACUGUCCCAACAGCCUCUUGUCUGCUGUAAUCAGUUGUGCCUGUUUUUUAUUUUAUUUUUUUUAACCAACGGUUACAGCUAUACAAUUACAGCUGUGGUUACAGCAAAUGUGAAAAAUUCCACAGUCAUGUCUACUGCUCCACACAUGUAAAGCAUCCCACCACACAACAUCAGAUCCAACCUGGUGCAAGUAAUUUUAGAAAUGCUUUCAACCCCCUAGACCCUGCAGUGUACUAACAGUUUUCAAAGCAACCACUACUCUCACCAUUCAGAACAAAAUUCUUCUUUUGUGUGAUUUUAGGUUUUUGGUGAUACACAUUUUGUUUAGAAUUCUCAGGAACCUAUAGGUGUAUUUACUUGUACUCUAAAAGAGUCAAAGUACAAUAUACUCCUGGGGAAAUAUGGGAGCUAAAUUAAUGUGUGUUAAUGCCGUUCUGUUAGCGUGUGUGUGAGUGUACACAGUGUGGUCCGUAGGUAUUUGGGCAGUGACACAAUUGUUGUUGUUUUGGCCCUGAGGGUAUUUACAUCCAUAUCGGGUGAUCUGGUUUGGAAUUACAGCCCGUUUUAUACAAAAGUAAUUGGACAAUUGGCUGCUGAGCUGCUUCUUGACCAGCUGUCGUGUCGUAGCAUCAUUAGAUCAUGUUCAUGAAAGCUAACAAAAGGUCGAGCAACGAGUUGAUUCUGGGUGUGGACUGCACUGUGUAUGCAUGUUUCAGUGUGUGUGUGUGUGUGUUUAUGUAUAUAUAAUACACACACAAAUACUUAUGCAAAAACUUAGCAGCUUAUUACAGAAUAUCCUGAAGUGCGACAAAGGUGUUUAUGUUUGUUGACAAGGCUAAUUGCACGUUCUGUUGCCAACAACCUUCAUCAGCGAUUAUUGUCCCUGGCUGCGUUGAACGUGUGGCUGCGUGUGUACCCUCUCAGGUCACCAGACACACCCUGCAAAUGACUAGCCUUUUUUUCUCCUCUGUACGCCUCUCUAGGUGAGCGGUUUAGAAGUGGGCUAUAGGAAAGCUUCGGGGUAUGCCAAAAAAAAUGCCUCUCACUCUUUCAGUUUUAUAUUGAUGUGAGGACAAUAAACCAUUUUUCUUGUGUUUUACCAAUUAUAGAAAAAUGUAUAUAUGGUUAUAUAUUUAUUUUUAAUAUAUUGGUGCACAUGUGCUUACGUGUGUGUGUGUAUGUUUGCGCACAUACUGUGUAUGUAUGUAUGCAUGCUUGCAUAUGUUAGUAUACAUAUGCUUGCAUGCGAUUUGAUUGUUAGCUUGGCUAAUUUGAGCGUAAACUUGGUUUCAGAGGGAACACUGUCUUUGUGUUUCUUUGCAUUUUUUUUUUUUGGAGUAACAUUGUAUUUCAGUGACCAAGUUACUUAAGAAAGUUGAGAGACCAUUUCACAGUCCUAAAAUGAAAGUGCUUUUCGUACCUGGCAUGUCUACUUAAUCUAAAAGGGAGUUGGGUUUUGUUUUUGUUAGUCACCAUUUUACACAGUACCCAGUAGUACAUAAAAAGCUGUUGCCACAUUUUCACCGUACUACUUGACCUGUAGAUGGCAGUAUAAUACAACGAAAGCUUAACGUUGAACCAGCUGUUGUCAAUUAUUACGUAAUUAUUACUGUUUAAAUUGUCUAAUCGUAAUGAAUCCAAACUGCUUGAAUUGUAGUUACAAUUGUUAUAUACAUGCAAUAAAACCAAGGGUACAACUGUUGAAUAACUGUUAAACUUGAUUAAAAGUACAUAUAUGGUUAUGAUUUGUCUACUGAGAACUAAAAGUUGUAUAUUUUCUUAUUUACAGGAUUAUUUUUUAGCAGUAGUCAAAACUGACUUGGCAGGACAAUAAAUAUUGAAUAUCAAUGUAAUGAAAACCCAUGACAGUCUCACCUUAUAUCUGUGAAAGUUUACAAAAAUAUGCUGUGACCUCUGGUUUGUUUCUCUUUAAUAGCUUAAUGGCAAAUUAUUCACCUGAUCUGUAGGGUUGUAUAAUUUCUCCUGUCUGAUGUUUUUGUGCCAUUGAUUUAUGAAUGUCCGAAGUGUUAAAUAGUUUUUUCCUUUUGUGGCCUCAGACAAGCUUUAAAAUGCAGUCGUGGUGGAAUAGCCCAAAUUGUCACAUGCUGUUCAAUGUUUUUGCCCCAUUUAUGAAUGAAAUGGGUCCACCUCAUUUUGGAAAGGGGGUAUAUACAUAAAACUAUUUGAUAUAGCUGUGUUAGUAAUAACUUGGCCUCAUCAGUGAAUAUGUUAACCAUGUGAUUUUAUCUGAAAUACAUUUUUUUGUGAUUCAUAGGCACAUGCUGCUAGACUUGAGUCCCCAGCAUUGGAAGAACUGGGGCUCAUUCCAGUUGCUUAUUUUGACCUCCUUGCAUCCUUUCCUCAUGUUCUUACCUCAUUUUUUAGCUCCACGCAUCAGAGGACACAAGGGCUGAAAGCAAGGAAAGGAAGCAAGGAUGGAGGAAUUGAGGAACCGUGUAACUAUAUUAGGCAAAUGGAACAUCCUUGGGCUCAUUUCAAUCACUUUCUUUAUCUUCAUCGGUCCUCUCCUGACUUGGGGUUCGUUCCAAUGUGUGAUUCCAGACUAUUCCAUUUAUUGUAUUUUUGACCCGUUUGGCUGUCUGUACUAGGAAAGGAGGCAAAUAAAGUAAACAAGGAGGUAAAAAAAUUAGCAUUUGGAACGCGCCCUCUGGAUGUUGAUCGAGGUCCACCUUCUUCAAGGACAUUCCAACCUGUGAAAGGCUCCUUGAAGGAGCCACAAGCAAGAACCUAGGACGCUCCUGAAGGAUGCUUAAGCAAGGAAACACAAGUGCAUCCUUUUCUGAAGUAUUUUUUUCAGAUUGCAUGACAUAUAAAUGAUUUACCCCUAGAUCUAUCUCUCCCCAUCCACCACGUCUGUAAUUGACGUGGCUUCUAAGUGACACUUGACUGAACAAGGAUGUUCCAUUUUCCUAGUACACAUUUGCUUGCUUCCUUUACUUGUGUCCUCCGAUUGCUGGAGAUGGGGACUGGGGAAAGGACUUGAGGAAACGAUACGAGGUAAGAAAAAGUUAUUGGAAUAAGCCCCUCAGUCAAUCCAUCAGUUUGAAGCCACGUCAAUUACAGACGUGGCAGAUGAGGAGAGGUGGAUCCACAGGUUGAUCAGUUAUACAUCACUUGUUUGGGGAAAAAAAUACUGACACAAAGGAUGCACUUAGGAUUCCUUGCUCAAGCAUCCUUCAGGUGCAUCCUAGCUCCUCGCUCCAAGCUCCUUUAAGGAGCAUCUAACGGGUUAGAAUGUCCUUGAAGAUGGGAACCUCGAUCGAUUUCCGGGUCAGAUGAGGAUGGAUAAAAUAAGGGAUUGGAAUGAGCCCCUGGGCCUCAUUCCAGUCACUUAUUUUUUUAUUAUUUUUACUUCCUUGCUUCCUUUCCUUGCGUCCUUUCCUAGCUCCUUGCUCAAUCCAUCGGGUCGGCUGCAAGGAAAGGACACAAGGACGGAGGAAUCGAGGAAACGUAUUAGGCAAAUGGAGCGCCCUUGUUCAAUCAAGUGUCAGUUACAGACAUGGAGGAUGGGGAGAGGUAGAUCCACAUCUCAAUAAUUUAUACAUCACAUCUUCUAAGAAAAUAAAACUUCCGCAAAGGAUGCACUCGUUUCCUUGCACAAGCAUCCUUAGGGAGCCUCCUAGCUUUUUGCUCCUUCAAGGGGUAUUUAACGGUUUGGAAUAUCCUUGAAGAUGGCGGACCUCGAUCAAUUUACUGGUCAGGCGAGGAUCAAGGAGAAAAUAAGCAAUUGGAAUGAGCCUCUGGUGUUGCUGACAGUCAUUGGUAUUUAUGUUUUCAGUCAUCUUUUCCUUGUCAUUGUUUUUUUUUAAAAAAAAAAUCCAUUCCUAUAAUGAAAGAACUGUGUUUUGUGAGGCACGAGCAAUAAGCGGAAUAAGAGUGCAGCUUAUGUUGCUGUAUGAAAUGUGAAGUAAGAAUUGUCUCCCCCUUCGUCCUCCACUGUGAAUUUAUUAAUGUGUAAUAUAAUAAGUGCAUUCAUAUCCCCUGUAUUGUUGCUGCUAAAGCUGACUAUUCAUAUCCAUAUUAUUGUAAACCUAAUGGUGCAUGGUUUCACUCAUUCUAACAAAAUGUUUGAGCCCUCUCUUUUAAACGAUAGUUACUUCAUGUAAUCAACUGUGCACCCAACAUUUAGUUUUUUUUUGGGUUUUUUUGAGAAAGGUCUAAAAGUCAGCAGUGUGUUUCUGAGUUGAAUCAGACUUCUGAAAAAUACCAGCAUUUAAAAAAAAAAAAGUGGGCACGAUAUUGGGGAUGUGUUUCAGUGUAUCCAUUCAUUUCUAGUUCUCGGACAGAACUGCUGCAUAUGAUAAUUAAGUGUUUAAGGCAAAUUCCAACAUGAAAACUCUGCGUGUUAAAUUUUGAGCAGUCUGACUGUAUUUAUUGCUCUUUUUAAUGUUGCAAUUGGCCUCAUUGUUUUAUUUGUAUGCAUUGUUGUCUACCUGGUUCAAAUUUGCAUUCUAGUUGUAUUUUCUGGAGAACAAGGAUCUUUUGCAAACGAUAUUUUUGGGAGUAUUUGAAUUAAUAAAACGUUGAUUUAAGUGUUGAAACCCCGUGGGUAACAUGGGUUUAAAAUCACAAUUAACUCAAAAUUGUAUCUUUCGAUAUUAAAAGGCACUUUAAUAUUGAAACAUC